AUGUUUGAUGAUCGUCUCCUGAUUCCUCAUGGAUUUUAUCAACCAGGAGACUUCCUCAUUGGAGGGAUUGUAUCUCAGGUCUUAUUCCUCUAUAAUAACCUUUCUUUCAUGGAACAGCCUGCAAAGAUUUUGAUUAAUGAACCCAUUUCAGUGCCCAAGAACUACCAGCAUGUCAUGGCUUUCGCAUUUGCUGUAAAAGAGAUAAAUGAGAAUCUCAACAUUUUAUCAAAUGUUUCCCUGGGGUUCCACAUCCUCAAUAGCUACUACACUGCAGGAAUGACUUAUAAGGCCACACUGAACCUGCUUUCCACACAACAGAGGUUUGUCCCCAACUUCAAGUGUCACCACCAGAGCAAGCUGAUAGCUCUCGUUGGAGGAUGUAUCUCUGAGAUCUCUGCCAACGUAGCCAUUAUUUCUGCAAUCCACAAAAUUCCACAGAUGGUUCCAAAUGAAGCUCAUCAGCACAUGGGAGUUGUUCUGUUACUUCAGCAUUUCAGAUGGACAUGGGUUGGGCUCUUGGCUGUGGCAGAUGACAAAGGGGACCAGUUUUUACAGACUAUGGUGCCAAUGCUUUCUCAGAAUGGCAUCUGUUCUGCCUUCAUAGAUAGAAUACCAAAACGGGCAUAUUUUGAUGAGUUGAUCAACUUGAUGAUAAAGCGCUGGGAAAAUUAUGUAAUCAUCAGUGACAAAAAAGUGAAUGCAUUAUUUGUAUAUGGAGAACCACCAUCUUUUCAGAUUUUGAGAGUAUUACUGUUUCUAGCACCUUUCUUGUCACUUCCACCUCUGUGUAAAGUAUGGAUUAUUACAUCCCACUGGGAUUUUGCAUCACUGUCUGUUCAGAAGAUAUGGGAUAUACAAACCUUCCAUGGUGCCAUAUCAUUCACAGUUCACUCAAAACAGCCCCAAGGAUUCCCAAAGUUUAUUCAGAUGAUUAGACCUUCCUGGGUUAAAGGAGAUGGUUUUGUCCAGGACUUCUGGGAACAGGCAUUCAGCUGUUCAUUAAAAGUGUACAAUGGACUAGGGGAGAGAAAGAAAGUGUGCACUGGAGAAGAGAAACUGGAGAGCCUUUCUGGAAUUUUGUUUGAAGGGAAGAUGACUGGUCACAGCUACAAUGUCUACAAUGCUGUCUAUGCUGUGGCACAUGCUUUAAAUAAAAUCAGUUCCCAACAUCGAAGCUUCAGAGGGUGUCUGAAACUUCAGGAUGUGCAACCAUGGCAGGUCCAUCACAUUCUAAGGAGGAUUGCAUUCAACAACAGUGAAGGAGAUACUGUGUCUUUUGAUGAAAAUGGCGAAUUAGUUACAAGUUUUGAUAUUACAAACUGGCUGAUGUUCCCCAAUGGCUCUGUGGUUCGAGUGAAAGUUGGAAGGCUGGAACCUCAGGCACCUCAAGGCAAACAGUUAGCUAUUAAUGAUGAUCAAAUUGUGUGGAAUCAAGGCUUUAACCAGGUGCUGCCGCUUUCUGUUUGCAAUGAGAACUGUUACCCAGGCUAUAGCAGAAAAAAGAAAGAGGGGGAGAAAUUUUGCUGCUAUGAUUGUGCUCCAUGCCCAGAAGGAAUGAUCUCUCACCAGAAGGACAUGGAUGCUUGUGUGAAUUGUCCCGAAGAUCAGUAUCCCAACAAAGACCAAACUCAGUGCAUUCCCAAAAUUAUAAGCUACCUCUCUUACAGAGAAGAUUUAGCAAUCACCUUAACUAGCUUGGCUAUUAUUUUCUCUUUUGUCACAAUUGUAGUACUUGGAAUUUUUAUAAUACACAAGGACACUCCCAUUGUAAAAGCCAACAACCGGACCCUCACCUACAUCCUCCUCAUCUCCCUCCUCCUUUGCUUCCUCUGUUCUUUGCUCUUCAUUGGACAACCUGGAAAGGCAACCUGCCUUCUACGUCAAACCACUUUUGGCAUUGUCUUCUCUGCGGCCCUUUCUUCUGUGUUGGCAAAGACCAUCACUGUGGUUGUGGCAUUUAUGGGAACAAAACCAGGAUCCAGGAUGAGGAAAUGGAUGGGGAACAGACUGGCUAAUUCUAUUGUUCUCUCCUGCUCUUUUAUUCAGGCUGCCAUUUGUACUCUUUGGUUAAGUUCUGCUCCUCCAUUCCCAGGUAGAGACAUGCAUUCAGUGAAAGGUGAAAUCAUACUAGAAUGUAAUGAGGGUUCUGUUUCCAUGUUUUACUGUGUCCUGGGCUAUAUGGGUUUCCUAGCCAUUGUCAGCUUCAUUGUGGCUUUUCUUGCCAGGAAGUUGCCAGACAGUUUCAAUGAAACCAAAUUUAUCACUUUCAGCAUGUUGGUGUUUUGCAGUGUGUGGUUAUCCUUUAUUCCAACCUACCUGAGCAGCAAAGGAAAGUACAUGGUGGCUGUGGAGAUCUUCUCCAUCUUGUCAUCCAGUGCUGGAUUAUUGGGUUGUAUCUUUUUCCCUAAAUGCUAUGUCAUUGUACUCAGGCCCGAGCUUAACAGCAGAGAGCAACUCGUCAGAAAAAGGAAAUGA